UGCUCGCUGACUUCAAGAGAACUGCACCACCCAAUAUUGAUAGUGAAGAAUACAUGAGCCUCUUGGGUGACCAUGUCAUCAGAAUCCUCUCGGAGCUUGACGCAAAGUGCAACGAGAUCUGGUAUUCACCUACAACGAGCACCAAACAAGCAUAUUCUAAAGGCGCACGCACUGGGGAGAAGACGGUGGUCGCGCUCGUUAAAUGCACGCGUCGUGAAGACAAGUUCCUCCCUCCGCCCAACAAAGUGGAGGAGUUGAAGAAGGCGUUCGCUGCGCAAGGGUUCAGCGAGGAACCGGGUUGGUUCAUAGCUAUGGACUGAA